UUAGCAGUAUAGCAGCCACGCUUCGUCCACAGCAGCGAGCCCCAAACCCGGGUACGACGUGUCGCUAACUCACCGCUGCGCUGCCUCCCGCCCCGGCCCCCACUGGGCUUGGCUUUGUUUUAGGGGUGGCUCCAGCACAGUUCAGGCCGUUCGAUGUAACUCACACAAGGCCGGGUGUGUUGAUUUCUAUCUGCCGCGCCGUGCGGCCCUUGCACAAGGCAAACGGAGACACUGGUGCAGGUUCACCGACAGUGCCCAGACACCAAGUGUGAACCAUCGGGAUGGGGGUGGGGGGGUAAUAGGAGCCUAUAUAAGAAAAAGCCCCCAAAAUCGGGACUGUCCCUAUAAAACCGGGCUAUUUGGUCACUCUGGUUUCACCAGACCCAAUCCUGGCCCCCCUCUGGCUGCAGGGAAAGAGGGCUGGUUGCUGCCUUGCGGGGGGUGCGGGGGUUCAGACACAGGACCCCACAACUCGGCACCAAGUUUGGGCAGGAGGCAGAAGACUACAACUCCCAGCAUGCUGUGGGGUGCCACCGAGGAAAGUGCAUAUGGGUCUGAGCCCAGCUGGAGGAAGGCUGGAUCCUGUGGGCUCCCAAAUGACCCGACCGUAUCCUGCCGAAAGAGAAGAAACUCCUGUGUCCAGAGACACGGCGGAUUCGUUGUAAACAUGGACUAGUCCCGUAGAUCUCUACAAAUACUCGUUACCCUCCACCCCAGAGGCAGCUGCAGCUCGGUGCCCAGUGCGGGCUCCUUGUGCAAAUAGCCCCCACGCCCUACCCCGGAGCUGGCGAGGGAACCCCAUUGGGCCGCACUGCAGGAUGACGGCCCCAGGGAAGCUGCGGGUGGCGGUGAUCGGGGCAGGAGCAGCCGGGCUAUGCGCCGCCCGCCACCUCGCUGCCCGCCCCGAGUCCUUCGCGCCCCCCGUGGUGUUCGAGGCGUCCGGCCGCAUCGGGGGCACCUGGGUCUAUACCGAAGAGACGGGGCAGGGACCAGACGGGCUCCCCAUCUGCUCCAGCAUGUACCGGGACCUCAGGACCAACCUGCCCAAGGAGGUGAUGGCGUUCCCCGACUUUCCCUUCGACCCCUCGCUGCCGUCCUUCCUGCACCACUCGCACGUGCUGGCUUAUCUGGAGCGUUACGCCGACCACUUCGGGGUCCGAGAGCACAUCAGGUUCUGGUGGCUGGUGGAUGCCGUGAGCCCGGCCGAGGGCGCCGAGGGCGGCUGGGACGUCACCGCCUGCCGGGCCCAGGACCGGACAGUGCAGACGACCGAGCGCUUCGACGCUGUGCUUGUCUGCACCGGUCACUAUGCUGACCCCUUCGUGCCCCCUAUCCCCGGCCUGGAGACCUUCCCAGGCCGGCUGCUGCACAGCCACGAGUACCGCUGCCCAGAGCCCUUUGCGGGCCGCACCGUGGUGCUGCUGGGGGCCGGCCCGUCCGGCGUGGACCUGACGCUGCAGCUGGCCCCCCUGGCCCGGCGGGUGAUCCUGAGCCACCGGCAGCCCCCGCUGCCCGGGCUGCCCGGGAACGUGCUGCAGGCGGCGCCGGUGGUGGGCGUGGCAGGGCCCACGGUCCAGUUCGAGGACGGCGCCGAGCACAGGGCCGACGUCCUCAUCCUCUGCACCGGGUACCGGUACGGCUUCCCCUUCCUGGCGCCCGCCCGCCUGGGCCUGCGGCUGACUGACCACACGGUGACACCGCUGUACCAGCACCUGCUGCUGCCGCGCCAUCCCGGCCUCUUCUUCAUCGGGCUCUGCCAGCAGAUCUGCCCAUUCCCCCACUUCCACUGCCAGCUGCUCUUCUGCCUGGCGGUGCUGGCGGGCACCUGCCGCCUGCCCCCCGCCGCCGAGCUGCAGGCGGCCGCCGAGGGGGAGUUACGGCAGCACCUCGGGGCCCCCCAGCACUUCCACCGCCUGGGCGGGCGGCAGUGGGGUUACUGCCAGGAGCUGGCACGGCUGGGCGGCUUCGAGCCCCUGCCCCCCGUGCUCAGGAAGAUCUACGAGGCCACGGGGGCGAGCCGCAGCCAGGACGUCUCCCGGUACCGGAGCCUCAGCUACAGGGUGUUGAGUGCUGAGGAGUGGGAGCUGGUGGGGGCCGAGCCCGGGGGGGCUGUGCACAAAGGGGGCAGCCCCAGGGGGGCUGGGGGCAAUGGAGACGGAGCUCCCAGCCCGGCAGCGGCCCUAGGCUGAGGGGGAGCCGGCAGGGGGAUGUCUGGCCCAGCCCGUGGGGCCGGAGACCCUUCCCCAUUGUUGCCUCGACCGGCCCCCGCUCGUCCUGCGACACC